AUGAUAGAUCAAAUAGCUGUUGUUGACUGCCAAACGCUGCCGGAAGCUGUGAAACAACGAACAGGCUGCAGCGGGUUUUUCGAUGCCUUUGUCCAACUUUUUGAACAAACAGGACAGAAGAACUUGGUCUACACACGGUAUGAGGCAGCACGGGGUGAGUUCCCUGAUCUCGAUGAUUCCUCUCUGAGGGCCGUGUUCAUAAGCGGUUCUUUUUCCUCAGCGUACGAUGAAGACCUGUGGAUUCAAACGCUCAAACACAAUAUCCAAAGAGCACGUGGUCGAAUUCCCCUUGUGGGGAUCUGUUUUGGCCACCAGGUCAUAGCGGAGGCACUGGGUGGAAAGUGCGGGUCCGUAGCCGCCGGCCCGGAGGUUGGUUGCGUCUCGACGCAGCUGACUGCUCGUGGACGCGAGCUGUUCCGACGGCUCUCGGGGGGCACCCUGGACGCGGACACGGUUUGUCUGAUAUACUUCCACUUUGACGAAGUGCAGGUACUUCCGCCAGGUGCUGUAUUAUUGGCGUCGAGUCCAUCUUGUCCUGUGGAAGGAUACUUGCUUCCCGAAGAUCGUAUUCUGUGCCUGCAGGGGCAUCCUGAGUUUGGCGCAACGACCGAACUCAUGCCCGCGCUGCUUUCUUCAAGUCUUGAAAGGGGCAGACUCAAACUUGACGCGUAUUGGAGUGCAGCGGCUAGCCUUAAGGUUCCACAGGAUGGCCAUGCGAUUGGAGCUUGUCUUUUAGAGUUUGCUGUUUCCGAUCCAAAGUCUUGGAGCGCUCUGCGCCCCUGGUCUCCAAAGUAG